AUGUGGCUUACAAGAAUCGGUCUGGUUGAUUGUGAAAGCAGCAUAACUGAAUGGGCUGAUGAGAUCUUUGGGUUAUACGGAGCUGCUGAGUAUUUAGAUGAAGAGUUAGCGGGUACAGGGGAGUUAUCUGAGAUGGUAGAGGGAGACGACAAGAAAGAAGAUGAAUUCUUGGCAAAGAUAGCUGUAGCUGGAACCCCUUUGUAUCCGAGCUGUGUAAAUCAUAGCAAGCUAUCUGCAAUUGUUUCAUUAUUUAGAUUGAAGACUCAGAAUGGGUGGUCUGACAAGAGCUUCAAUGAUCUUCUGGAGACCUUACCGGAGAUGUUACCAGAGGAUAAUGUGCUCCACACUUCACUGUAUGAGGUGAAGAAAUUUCUGAAAUCGUUUGAUAUGGGUUACGAGAAGAUUCAUGCAUGUGUCAAUGACUGCUGUUUAUUGAGAAAGAGGUUCAAGGAUCUUGAGAAGUGUCCAAAAUACAAGGCUUCAAGAUGGAAAACUAAUAUGCAUACUGGUGAGAACAAGAAAGGCAUCCCACAGAAAAUGACAAAGGAUUUGAGGUGGCACUUUAGCAACAAAAGAAAUGAUGGAAAACUUCGGCAUCCUGUUGAUUCAGUCACAUGGGAUCAGAUGAGUGCUAAAUACCCUACCUUUGCAGCUGAACCGAGGAACCUCAGGCUUGGUCUCUCAACUAACGGAUUUAAUCUGUUCAAUAUGAAGAACUCGACGUACAGUUGCUGGCCUGUGUUGUUAGUGAACUACAAUCUACCGCCUGACUUAUGCAUGAAGAAGGAGAACAUAAUGCGUUCAUUGUUGAUUCCUGGUCCACAAAAACCAGGUAAUAGCAUUGAUGUGUAUUUAGAACCCCUUAUAGACGAUCUAAAUCAACUGUGGAGCAUUGGAGAGGUAACCUUUGAUGCUGCUGCAAAAGUAAUGGGUAAAAUGGGGUGUCCGCUUUGUGGUAAAAAAACCGACAGUAUGUGUCUAAAGUUCAGCAGAAAACAUGUUUACAUGUGCCAUAGAAAGGGUCUGCCACCACCUCAUAAUUUUAGGGGAAAGAAGAGGUGGUUUGAUGGAAAAGCUGAACAAGGGAGAAGGGGAAGAAUACUAACUCGGCGUGAAUUUUCUCAAAACCUGAGAAACUUCAACAAUGACACUGGGAAUUUUAAACGAUCUGCAAGUAAGAGGAAAAGGGUUCUUAGUACUGAUUUAGGCUCUGCUAAUGAGAGUUUACCCAGUGAGUCAGAGGAAGAGGAAGAGGAAGAAGAAGAAGUUCAAGUCGAUGAGGAUGAGUUAUCAAGAUGGAAGAAGAGAUCAAUCUUUUUCAGGCUACCAUACUGGGAGGUGUAUGACGCUUGCGUUUGUGAUUUUUAA